GACAUCGAUGAAUGUACCACAAAUGCUAACUGCACCGUGGGACAACGCUGUGUUAACACAUUGGGCUCUUUUGAAUGUGUCUGCUCACCUGGCUACAUCAUGGGGAACAACAUGUGUCAAGGUAUUGCUUAAAUAAAUGUGUAAUUGUAUUUAUUUGUUGUUUUUUGUGUGCUUUGUUAACAUUCUUAAAUUAUAGUGUUUAGGUAGAAUAAAUGUGAUUUGUGAACUAAAGAAUAGAGAUGGUCAGUUAAGUAUUUUUGUAUCUACAGUUUUACAUGCAGCGAGUUGAAACAUUUUAGGCUCCUAAAUUUAUUUUACAACGUCAUGCUGAAGUUCAUCUGUUUAAACAGUGAAUUCAAUUAUAUGCAUUUACUGUUAGUGUAUCCCUAAUUAAUAAGGUACAAGUGAAAACAAAACAGACUGGGACCAACCAAGAAGAUAGUUUAUUACUUUUUAAUUGGGUCCAAAUAAAAAACAUAGACUUUUGACCAACCAGCAAGGUAGUUUAUUACUACUCAAUUAGGUUAAUAUGAAAAAAAACAGACCUGUGACCAGAAAGGUAUCACUCAGAUUUCAUGAGUCUGACAUUGCUGCAAUGGGUUAAAAUAUGGGCCGUGAAGUGAUCAUAACAUGAAAACAAGCAAAUAUUGAGUUAAAAAAUGGAAGCUCUUUGCCCAUCUGCAAAACUUCAAACUCAUGAAUGUGUAAAUAUAGCAACAAAAAAAAAAAAAAUAGAUCCUAUGUUUAAAACCAUGUAGGCCUACAACAAUUUUAAAACAAUUUUAUAUUAACACUUUCUUUAAUAUUAAUGCAAUCAAAUUGUUAUUUUUUUAAAAUUGCUGAUGCAGAUAUCAAUGAGUGCCUGGAUGUACUAGACAACAACUGUCAUUUAUCAGUUGAAGACUGUGUCAACAACCAAGGCAGCUAUUCUUGUGUUUGUAGGAAAGGCUAUGCCAGGAAUAAAAAUAACAUAUGUGAAGGUAACUCUUAG